UCCUUCCCUCUCCUCUGUUUUCUCUUUUUCCUCCUCUGUCUUUUUUCUCCCUCUCAUUUAAGAGAGAGACCAAAAAAAAAAAAAAAAAAAAAUCCCCACACUUGACUAGUACGAAUAUACUACCAACUGCUACUACAGCCAUGGCAUCCGCAAGCAGCUCUGCACAGGCCGCCUUUGGGCUGGGCCGGAGGAAGAAGAACCCCGGCCUCCUGGAUCAGAUUGGAAACUUCUUCGGAGGAGACAAGAAGAGGAAGGGCAAGGGCUCUUUCCGAGGUGCUCUUUCUCCAGCCCCUCAGAAAGCCGCCACUUCCCCACGUAAGCGCGGCGCAGAGAACGCCGUGGUCCACUUCUUCCGCACGAUCGUGUCCCCCGCCCCUCCCAAGUCUAGGUGGAGAGGACUAGCUGCCAAGAUGGGCCUGGGCCAGCAGAAGUCACAGUCUAAAGGCAAGAAGGCCAGUGCAGGGGACGGCAAAGGCUCCCUGACUAGGAUCUUCAAAAUGUGAUGUGAUCAGCAGCCGAGGAAGCAGGAGUGCUUCUCCAGCCAAACGCUGAGGUCUACCACCGCUUCCAACAGCACGAGGGCAGAUGUUCAAGAUCACAGGGGGAAAAAAAAGAGGAAGAAAAAAGGAGGAAAUCUUGUCACACGCCUCCCCCCACGCCUCUGUUAACACUCUAAUGUUUGCUAAAACCCUGAUCUCCCCCUGAUACUGCCCCCCUCCCACCACCACCACCACCACCUCCACCACUUUUUUGGCUGGUAGAUAGCGACACAAUCUGUUUCCCCCUCUACUUCCUUUGCAUGCGUUGUGCUUAAGUCUGUGCAGUCAUCAUCACCAGUGUGAAAUGUUUUGCUGAAGUUGACCCUGAAGCCGCUCACAUGUGCAGCCUGAAUGACCCCCCCGCCCCACCUUCCUAUGGCUCUCUCUCCCUCUCUCUGUCCAUAUAUAUAUAUGUAUUAUAUAUACAUAAUAUAUAUAUAUAUAUAUAAAUGUAUUUAUAAUUUAUUUUUUGCUUGAGUUUCUGUGGAUGUCUUCGUUUCUCUAACAAACGGUGGCUAAACUGAAGCCGACCCGGAGCAGCAGAAGGUCAGGGCCGGUGCAAGUCCAACUUACUUGACCGUCAUUGCCGCUUUCCGAUUGGGCGAAAAGGCCGGGUCGAUUCGGUUUUCUAUUUUAUUUAAAAAAAAGAGCGGUUUUCUGUCUCGUUGCGCCGUCUAUGUCACUCCCUCCGUGCACCCCCGCCCCUCUCUCAACGUACGUGUACGUCUUAACACGUUUUUCACAUUAAUGUGAGAGCCAUUCGACCCUCCCUCGUGUCUCAGCUGUAGUUAAGUGUCCUGUCGUGAAUGUGGAUCUCUGUUUGUCUUCAUGGGACCUAAGGGCCAGGUAUGGAUUUUGUGGCGAAAAGUUACAUUUCUAAAACCUUCUAAAUCAGUUUUCUGCAACUUUGACUUUGAGUUUAACCGAAAUUUUGUCACAGUGCACUGAAUCUGAGGCGGGGCGUCGGAGCUGCAGCAUGAUGCCAGAUUCAGGUUUUUCCUCACUGCUUUAUUGUAGUCUACUUUAGGCCUCUUGUUUGUCUCUGUUGUUCCUAUCUUAUGCAAACAUACUGUGGAUUAAAUUCACACAAAGCCCUCGCUCAGCAGCAAGUGCCUUUCCUCCUGACUACCAAAUACAAUGUACUGUGUUUUCCUUAUUGACUAUAAUUAUGAAAAAAAAACACACAAUUUCAAAAAGGUGCUCUGUAACUAACUCUGUAAUGGCACAUUAUAAAGUGCAAGUUUUUCUGUAAGAUGAAAAAAAAAAAGGAGAGUGAGUUGUAGAAAAGCUCAGCAUCACCACUUGAGCUGUGGCAUCCAUCUUCCAAAAGCAGACGUGUGUGAUGUGCAGCUUUUGUCCCCCGCCCACACCCACGACCUCUCCCCCAACCUCCUACUGUUUGCAUGUGCUUGAGCCUCAAGAGUGCCGUGUUUUUUUCGUUUUGUUUUGUUUUUGUUUUUUAUCAUGAUUUUUUUUUUUUUGAAUGGCUCCUGGGAAUGAAUGUAAACACCCGCGUCAUUACUGUAUGUGUAAUAAAACAUGACCAGCCACUUAACUGAGAAUAAAAAAUAAAAAUGAUAAAACCAGCUUUAA